AUGAGCACACGCUUCGCCCGGGUUUGCUUGGAAGACUCCCUGAAGUUUGCCGGCAAGCGCAAGACCUUCGGCAAGACCCUGAUCCAGCACCCGGUGAUUCGCUGGAAGGUGGCGGAGAUGGCCCGCCAAAUUGAGGCAACGCACAAUUGGUUGGAGUGGAUCACUUACCAGCUGAACACCAUGCCCAAGCUUGAGGCCAUGCUGAAGCUAGGAGGCCACACUGCGCUCUGCAAGGUCCAGUGCACCAAAGUCAUGGAAUACUGUGCUCGGGAGGCAGCACAGAUCUUUGGGGGCUUGUCCUACUCUCGCGGUGGUCAGGGCGAGAAGGUGGAGCGACUGAACCGGGAGGUGCGGGCCAUGGCCAUCCCAGGGGGCUCCGAGGAGAUCAUGCUGGAUCUGGGCGUCAAGCAAUCCACAAAGCUGGCCCAGAUGGCGAAGAUGUUUGCGGAAUCCGCGCCACAGCCGGCAGCAGCCAAGCUCUAG